AGGCAUCCUGUCCUAUCCUAAAAGAACAAUUCAAAAUGGACGCUGACGGUUUCGACCCUCGGACUUGCAGACCGGUGGAUCGGUUUGCCAGGAAGAUACCGCGUUGGUUCUGGGGAGAAUGUACAGUGUUUCAGGAGGAGUUGUGGCGCAACCCACAGUUUUACGAACUACACGACGACCCUAAGAAACCCGGAUACAAUGGUCUGAGAUUGAAGUGCGUCCUGUGCUUAUGGCUUUUCAGCACUGUGCUUUUUGCGGCGUUCCUGUUGAUGUAUUUUGCUCCACUUUCUAUUAGAGGCUGUGCUACAACUAAAUAGUCCAUACAAAUAUGAUUUCACCUUCAUGACCCGAGAACCCAUUUUAUUCCAACGAACUUGUUAUUCCCGGCAACCUCAAUCAUAGCCCGAAACGACGAAUAUCAACGGCGCGCACACUCCCAAUAGCAUGAAACACAAGAAAAGUUAUGGACUUGUGACCUUAUAAGUUCUUUGAGUACUUACUAGUGGUAGUCGCACUCAUGAGCAGAAGACAAAAACUUUCAAUGAUUUUUACGUGUUUUUAUUAAAGAAACUCGAUUGGAUUCAGAUUAUGGGAAAAUCUCCUCCUUUCAAUCAAUACAUCGAUCUUCUGCGAUCCUCUAUCAUCUAAUGUCUCGUGUCGCACCACAGCAAGGGACAGUAUUUGCUUGCGGCAGCGGGGCCCCUUUUUGCUUAUAUUCUAGGUGGCUGGAAAGGAAACCGUGGAGACCACAAAGAAGAAAUCCACCUUUCUUGUGCCGAAGAGUUAGUGCUUGGUGUCAAUGUGCCGAAAAAUUACUGUUUGUGGGACCUAAAGAGCUUCAAUGAUAGAGAUAUCGCUCUUCCACAAGGAGCGAAACAGCCGCCGAGCAUUAAGGAGAUUGGCGCAAGGAGUAGUAUUUAUACGUCCUAUCUUCUGCUUUGAAGGGUCGACGCAAGAACUUCAUAUCUAUCCUGAGUUUUGUGCCCGAGGACAUGUACUGGACAAGUAGGAAAUGUAUGAUUUACUAUUUGAAGAAGAAAACAAAGUGACUUGGAUGUAAGUGUCGGGUGCUAUUAUAGAAAGAUUGAUAGGCCACAGCUCCAAAAGAAAAUCUCUAAUGGAAGGGGCGGCUAUCGAGGCAGAGGAUCGCCGAUCGACUCACUGGACGCGUCUCCACUGAAUACUGAGGCCGCUUAUGGCCGAUACUGUUUGUGCUCGUAGAACUAGGAACUAAAGCACUCCUACAGAACUAGUAACUACGGUCUAGCUGCUGGUAUGCCAGCCAGUAGAGACACACUCUGCCGUGGAAUGGAGUAAGUGCAUAGGAUAACUAAAGCUGCGCUCGUAGUCCUACAGGUAUCUUCAGUAACGAAGCACAUCGUAGUAUCCGCAUCAAUCCUUCCUGUGGUGUGUUUCUUUCUAAUCUGGUCUCGCAGAGAGCGAGCGUCGAACUGACGCCAUGGCUCUUCGGUUUGUGCAGAGACAGCUGAGCACUUUCGAUAACCGGCAAAAGCCCUUUGCUACUGCCCGGACUGAGAUAGUAUGUGGCGAGUUCUAUGAUUUGGCGCCAGCGCCUCCGCUGAUGGAUCGCACUAGGGAUAGACCACGUGUGCCCGAAAGGGAUGGCAGGUAUCGGAACGGGUCAGGCCAUGGUGUUCAGCGGGACGAUAGGAAUAGACCAGGGCUUUUUCAAGAACAGGAGGCAAGGAAUAUGGCACGUGCGUCAGCUAGUGUGGGUUCAGUCUCUAGCACUGUGCGGGAUGAUCGUUUUGCGCCCUUCGGCUGGCCUGUGUCCUCGAACGGGAAUGAAAACGCAGCUUCUAAUCCAGGGCAUCAAAAUGGUGCUGGGAGAAGGGGCACUAAUGUAGUAGCUUCUGGUGAGCGGAAGCAAGACGCGCCAGUGCUGCAACGUCGUAGUACUAGGACGACAAAUACCGCCAUGGACUCCCGAGAACAGACAAGAGAGGCGCAGCUACGUCCCCAAGCGGUAGAGCCGCGACCACUUUCACGUGCAGCAUCUUCGUCGUCAAGUACUUACAAUAACCUCCCCUCUAGUAGUGCGAGGAAUUACGUUAACCUUCCACCUGAUGAUGCUGCGUCAAGUAUUUCUUCUGGCAUCAUGCGAGAAGAUCAAGAUGUUGGCAACUACUACACUUCUGCAGCCGGAGGCUCCUCUCGGGUGAAAGCUAACCACUCUUCUUCUAUUACUACCCCUCGAGCAGCAGAUCCCCAGCAUAGUAGGAAUGUCAAUGCUCCUACUCGAGUUCGAGAUGAUGCAAACCCAAACGUCACGACAAGAAUGAAAAUUGUUGAACAGGACGACUCGCUUAACUUGACACUUCCAAUACCGGCGGAUGCGAGGAGUAGGAAAAUAGACAUCAGUCCUUCUUCUACAGCUUCCACUUCUAGCAUACUUCUGCAGGAAAACGCGCUGUAUAGGGAGAGACGAACGAAGACACAGACACAGCGCAGCUCAAGUUCUUUGCAACUACAGAAGGACUACGAUCAGGGGCCAUCAGGAUUAAGCGGAGGGCAAAGGACUAAAAGAACGAGCUGCGCCUCCUUCUCCGACGAUCAUCCAAAACGAAGCCAGCGAACGAACGGGAUUGACGUAGCUCGACAUGGUGCCCCUCACGUAGGAGCUUCUGAAAGACCACACACUCAGACGAAAGCCGCUGUGGUGCCGAAUGAAGCAGCGGACGUCUCAGCAGACAGUCUCAAUGUUUCUCAGGCUGAGAAGGCUAGAAUGACAGAGGAGAAAGCUAGACUGGCAGAAGAGAAGGCCAGAAUGAGAGAAGAGAGGCGUCAACUGGUCCAAGAAAAGAUGAGGGUGACGCAGGAAAGUGUCAAGCUAGUCAGGCGUGAGGAGCAGCUUCUCAUGAGGGAGGAGCAUUUGGCGCAGAGAGAGCAAAAAUUGGAAGAGACUUUAUGGAGGAUUUCGAUUUCUUUUAUAUGCACUACUUGAGCGCCAGUCUGUCUUUUUUUAUAUGUACUACCUGAGCGCCAGUCUGUCUUUUUUUAUAUGCACUACCUGAGCGCCAGUCUGUCUUGUUGCAUACGUACUAGAAUGGGAAUGGGUAGGAAAAAAAUGAUCGCACUAAUAUAAUAGGCCUGCAGGGCGUUCUAAGUAUCUGAGUCGUAUCCUUGCCUAUUCGAUCCUACUCUAUCCUAGUACUGAUGCAGUUCCUCUAAUUCUGACCAUAGAGCAAGCAGCUAUCGCAGCAGAACAGGAGAGGCAAAGACAAGACUUGGCACAGCAUGAAGAAGCCCUUGCGGAAAAAGCGGAAACUUUAAGAGAGAAAGAGGAGAGCCUCGCCAGACUGGAGGCUGCACUGCCCGACGAGCGGGGGCAGCGGAAUGAAAAAGCACCCGCACGACAACAAAAAGCAGACGACCCAUCCUCUUUUAGCGGUAGCUGCAAUGCAGGGCCAGACAAACGUAGAGUUACGGGGUCAAGAACUUUGUUAGAGGACAGCGAAACCAUCCGUAGCCCUAUAGGAGCCGGAGGCGUUUCUUCUUCUAGUAGUAUCCACAAGCCAGACGAGGGCGUCUCGCUACGACAGGCAGACGAUGGUGGCGCUCAAUUUGCCCCGCCGCGCCUGAUUGCCGACGUGAUCAUGAUUACUAGCAGUUCCACCAAGGCUAACAGCAGCGACGACAGCAGCAGUGACAGGUCGCGUGACUCGAUUGAUGACGAGGAUACUAGUGACGACACAGACGCCGACGCCGAUUUGCGAAUGGGUUAUGAUCGAUUAAGCCGAAGCAGCGACUAUAUCUGGCGGAUAAGGGACGAGAAGCAAGUAGUUACUGAAAAUUAAGAAACUGCAUACUGAAAAUUAUAAAACGCGUGAUGUCCUCUUCAGGUGAAUUCCCUGAGUGCAUGUCAAUGUUUCUGCUGGAUGGCCGUACUUACUGGGGGACGCAUCAUUAUGAUCGCCUUCACAUAAGUAAUUUCUUCGGGCAUUGAUUUGCUAUAAAAGUUUUUCGUUAUUACUCAUGUACAGGGUCGUAGCUAGAAAGUAAAGGUGGUUGCACUGCAUCUCAUUGCGGUUUUACUCGUCAAAUAUGUGCUUGCACCUUCUAAGAUGAGCUGCGGAGGCAGGUCGAUCGCCGCUGUCUGCGUCUUCGUCGAGUGCUACCCGUGCUCGGCCUACAACUAGUUGAGGACUUUCAGCAGAGGAACUCAGCGCAACGAAAGUCCAUAAUGGGGCGUGGCCAGCGAACAAGGACCGGCUUGUCAGUUAGUUUCGACGAAGUUAAUAUUGCUAGUCACUGUAUACAACGAUCGCGCAACGACGCUGAGCAGUUGGAGAAGCCUGUCGAUGCCGCUUCUGAGCAAUCCGAGAAUGCCGACGAAACUGACGAAGAAGCCGCCCCCGCCGAUGCUGAGAGCGAGGAAGCCGCUCAAGCUGAUAGUCAGAGGGGGGGUCUUUCUGAUACUGACCACAGCCCUGAUAUGAACAACUUUUCUGAUGCUGUUGACGUGAAUGAGACUGAUGAAGAGGAUGCUCAAAAUCCUCGCGACGGUGAGAAUGUUGACCCUGGGAAUCAAGAUGACCAGACGUACGCUGGAGACCUCACCGACGACCCCGAGGAAGACAGUGACAGUUUCGCUGACAGUGAAAAUGAGACUGAAAGUAGCUGCAUUAGUACUACUAGAGGAUGUGAUGUACUAACUAGUCACGCUGUACUGAAUGAGGAGGAAGCCUGUUCGAGUGUGGGAGAAGUUGCUGAGGAAGAUGAUGACUCUGAUCUAAUGGAUAAUGCUACUCCUGCGCACCAAUCUCAGACCGAGGACAAUGGAGCUGGUUAUAAGUUGAGCAAUUGGACCGAUUCGGAAUGGGAGGAGGAGGGCUAAGAAUCAAGAACAAGAACAAGGAGUGACGGUCCCGGCGUUUAAAUAGCCCUUGUAGUCCUGAAGAGCCCUGACAGUUCUUGACUUUUUCGAUUUCUGCCUCAUAGAGCAGAGUUCUCACACAUUCCUCUCUAUUGCACCAACUCGCAGCGUUUUGGAGUAGGCUAGAUUCCUGGGGCAGAAAAAUCCCAUUCCGGUUGAUGAGCUUGGCCACGAAAGUGUUUACAUUGGGGCUCACUUUUCUUCACCAAAUGACGUGAAAGCAGUGUCUAUCCCCGAAAUGAAAUGCCUUCAUGUUCUUGAUUGAUCCCCAAAAUAGAACUACUGGCAUUGGUUUCUCCCCAUACUUUGAUGUCAGCCCUAUGGCUGCUCGUGGAAGACAUACUCGCACUACGACGAGG